UGCCUGUGUCGAUCUGUAGUUUUUGUAGCAGAUUGUCACAUCUAGGCGGCGACACGGAGUCCCUUUUAUCUAAAAACAACAACAUUUCACCUUCUCUUUCUUUUAGUCAAAAUGCUUGAGCACGUUUGAGUGACCAUGGAGUGCGUCUGCCGUCAUGUAGUUGAGUGUUAAUACGUCGAGAAUAUUGGGAGAAGGAAACUUUUGAAGGAAUCCAAGGAGCUACAGUUGAAAACAUGGCUGUUCGCGAAGAAGGAGAGGUUUUGCACAGUAAAAUCAGGCACCACGAUGGGGUUGCCAAUGCAAACAGCACAGAGAGUUUCAGGAACGGCUAUGUGAAGAGCUGCGUCACCCCUUUAAAACAAGACCAUCAAAGGGGAUUUUUGUUUAACGUCUGUAGGUUUUGCAAUGAGGACAUUCUGAAAUCAAAAAUAUUUCGAAUUUCUGGCCUAUACCUGGGUGCAUUCGCAAUUUUUGCAGUUUCGUUGCUUAUUUCCAGGAGCUUGCAAAGUGACUUCAGCUUUUGGGAUUUGCGGACUUUUCUGUCGGGCUUCUCUCAGUCCAUCAGCCCUCUCUUUAGCAUAGGCUGUGCAUUCUUCUUUUUGACCUUUUAUUUAAGGAGGAAAAAGAGGGAAAGUAAUACAUGUUGGCUUGUGUCACUGCCAGCAUCAUGUUACUUAGGGGAUUUUUUAGUUUUGCGGUUUUUGCAGUGGGGAGAGGACCAACACCAGAUGCAAAUGUUUGGCAGGUUGUUAUUCGUGUUGGGAUGUGUGGGUCUCCUAACACUGAUCCCCACUUUGAAACUCAAACACAGUGUUCUGAUCCUGGUGUUUGCCAGUGUUGUGUGGUUGGUGUCUUUCACCAGUCUAAGCUGUCUGCCUGCACUCCUGAGACCCGUGUUUGCGUGUUUUGCGGGUGUCUCAGGCUCGCUCUUGUCCCUCUGUUUUGACCAUUAUUACCCGCCGAGGGAAACGCCGAAUAGGAUCUCCAGCAGCGAGGAGAAAGUCCCUGUGAUCAGACCCAGGAGAAGGUCCAGUUGUGUUUCUUUGGGGGAAACGUCGACCAGCUAUUAUGGCAGCUGUAAAAUGCCUCGCAGACCUUCGUUACCGUGCAUAUCCAGAGAACAGAUGAUCCUAUGGGACUGGGACCUGAAGCAGUGGUACAAGCCCCAGUAUCAGGGAGCGGUAAGCGGUAACGGAGUGGACCUGUCGGUCAUCAACGAGGCCAGGAACAUGGUGUCUGACCUGCUGAUGGACUCGUCCCUGUCGCCACACACCGUCUCGUCCCUGCGCAGCGUCAGCAGCCUCAUGGGGACCUUCUCUGGCUCCUGUCGACCCAGGGUUAACCCCUUCACCCCCUUCCCAGGUUUCUACCCCUGUACCGAGGUGGAGGACCCUGCAGAGAGGGGCGACAGGAAGCCCCUGAAGGGUCUUAGCAGCAGGAACAGCCUACCAACCCCCCAACUCCGCCGCGGCUCCACCUCCUGCCCUUUCCCCCCUCUGGAGUCGGCCUCCUCCCGCUGGGAACGCAACAACGGCAAGAGACCGGGACCCCACCCUGACCUCAAUAUGACCAGCACGGGGUCUCUGUCCAAUGGGCCCAAUGCUAACCUGUUGACCAUCCCUAAGCAGAGGUCCUCCUCUGUGACCCUGACCUACCAUGCCGGGCCCAGGAGAGCAGGUGCGUCUCCCAGUCUGAGUCCUGUCAGCUCCCCGAGCCACAGUCCUCAAGGGGGAGGUCUCUCCUCCCAGGUCACGCGCCCCCCGGUGGAGUUUCCCGACACAGCUGACUUCCUCACCAAGCCCAGCGUCAACCUGCACAAGCCCCUGGGCUACAUCCUCAGCUCCCCUGACUUCCAGGGGCCCUAUCGCAGCCCCGCUGCCCUGUGCACCAGCUGUGGUCGUCAGAUGCUGAAGAACAUGCCCAGUAUGGAGGCAGGGGAGGGACACCUGCCAUUCACUGGUCAUGCUGAGGCCCAGCGCAGACGCUCAGCAGGUGAGGGGUCAGAGUUCAUGGGAGAGGCACUGAUCAGGGAGGAGAGUGUGGAGGCCGAGUCGACGGGGGACAGGAGUCCAGACGCAGGGAGCCGGUGCCAGACAGACAAGGAGGAGCAGAGCCCCACCACAGAGCAGCAGACACAGGAAACAGAGGGUGAGUUCAGACUAGACCCCCUGCUGGAGAACCACGAGGACCUCAUGGAGAAGAUCAACAGCUGGAACUUCCAGAUCUUUGACCUGAUGGACAGAACAGGAGGGAAGACAGGAAGAAUACUCAGCUACGUGACCUACACUCUGUUCCAGGACACUUGUCUGUUUGAGAUGUUUAAGAUCCCUGUGAGGGAGUUCAUGUCCUAUUUCUGUGCUCUGGAGAACGGCUACAGGGAUAUUCCCUAUCAUAACCGGGUCCAUGCCACUGACGUGCUCCAUGCUGUCUGGUACCUGACUACCCGGCCUGUCCCAGGGUUCCAGCAGAUCCACAAUGAGCAUGUGACAGGAAGUGACACAGAUUCAGACAGUGGGAUCUCGCCGGGCCGGGUAUCAUACGCCUCCUCCAAGAGCUCGUCCAUCUCUGACGACAGCUACGGCUGCCUGGCGUGGAACAUCCCUGCUCUGGAACUCAUGGCACUAUAUGUAGCAGCUGCCAUGCAUGACUAUGACCACCCCGGUCGCACAAACGCCUUCCUCGUAGCCACUAACGCAGCUCAGGCGGUGUUGUAUAAUGACCGUUCGGUCCUGGAGAACCACCACGCUGCUUCGGCCUGGAGCCUCUAUCUGUCCCAGCCAGAGUUCAACUUCCUGGCCAACCUGGACCACGUGGAGUUUAAACGCUUUCGCUUCCUGGUCAUCGAGGCCAUCCUCGCCACAGACCUGAAGAAGCACUUUGACUUCCUCGCCGAGUUCAAUUCAAAGGUGAAUGAUGUGAACAGUCCAGGAAUUGACUGGACUAAUGAGAAUGACCGGCUGCUGGUGUGCCAAGUCUGCAUUAAGCUGGCAGACAUCAACGGGCCGGCCAAAGGGCGUGAUCUGCACCUCAAGUGGACAGAAGGCAUUGUCAAUGAGUUUUAUGAGCAGGGGGAUGAGGAAGCCACUUUGGGAUUACCCAUCAGCCCCUUCAUGGACCGCUCCUCUCCCCAGCUGGCCAAGCUGCAGGAGUCCUUCAUCACACACAUUGUGGGGCCGCUCUGCAACUCGUACGACGCCGCUGGCCUGCUCCCUGGCUACUGGAUCGACGAGGAGCACUCUGAGGAUGAGGAAGAGCAGGUGGAGGACACAGAGACUGAUGAAGACGAGCUGGAGGAGGAGCUCGAACCAAAAAGGAGAAACGGCCGGCGUCGGCUGUUCUGCAACAUCAUGCAGCACCUGACAGAGAACCACAAGGUGUGGAAGAAGACCAUCGAGGAGGAGGAGAAGAGCAAGGAGAAGCAGCAGGCCGACAGCCUGCCUCCCAGCCUGUCCCCUUCGCCCUCCGACGACCAGAUCCAGGUCAUUCAGGAGGAGGAGGAAGGAGAGGAGCGCCAGUAGCAGGAGGAAGAUGAAGAGGAGGGACAGAGCCAGGAUGCUCGGGAAGGACGGAACAGUGAAGGAGAAAGUCCUUCAACUCCUCCCUCUUACAUGCUCACACACACACACACACACACACACACACACACACACACACACACACACACACACACACACACACACACACACACACACACACACACACACACACACACACACACACACACACACACACAAACAUUUACACACACACACAACACAUACAUACACACACAUAUUAUAGACAUAUACACAAACACAUACACACACAGGAUGACCCUGCUGGAUCUCCACACGUUGAAAUUGUCACUGUGCCGACACGCUAAUGCAGUCAUGUUGUUUUGAAAAAAGGCCUUACUACUGUGAGGGGAUUCUUGCUGCAAUGGUGGCAACCCCACUCCUAUGCACUUUCACCCCAUGGAGAGUAGACCAAGAACAAACACCAGAGCUGAGGACACUGGUGUGGAGAGGGAGAGAGGAAAAGGGUCUGGAUGUGCCCUCCAUGGUGAUCUGGCUGUAAUGCUGCCUUGAACGCAGAGCACUUAACUCUCCCUUAGGUACUAAAACAAAUCCUAUGAUUUAAAAUAAAGGAAAAGAAAAAACACCUUGACGUGGUUGACAUCCGUUACCAAAGCGAACAGUUCAAACAUGGAAAGACAAGAGACUGAGACUGUUUCAGGCUCAAUGUCAGGAAUAUUCUAGAUCUAUAUAUCAAAUGUGCCUGUCUGAACCUUUACUGAGUCCCCUGGUCCAGACCCUAGGUUGGUCUGUGCAGUCCUCUCCCCUUGCUGGCGACACGAAACACUGUAUCACUGACUCAGUCACAGAGACAUUGUGGAAAUGUUGACUGAAAAUGAGCAUUAUACCUGCAUCGUUUUUGAUGCCUUUUAUUCAUGUGUACCACCUGCCUUUUAUGUUUCCUUCUUUUUGUUGGUUUAAUGAAGUUGGUGUGAGCGUGUGUGUGUGUGUUUUCUUCAGGAACGCUUGGUCGCCAGUCAUUGAAAUGUUAUCGGAGAUGAGAUGUUCUCUGUUCCAAUGGAGUGCUGUUCCAAUGAAGGGAUGUUUUUUUUCUUUUGAUUAUAUCUAUUUUUUCACGGUUACUCAGGAUUCUCGUGAAGUUGAAUAAUUAUUUUGCAAGAAUUUAAGUAAUUGACUUUAAAACAAAGAUAAUUAAAUCUCGGUGAUUGAAAUAGUUUUUAAGCUUUGUAAGAACAACUUGAAAAACAAACACAUUCAAGCAAUUGAAGUGCUCCUCUGUGAUAGAGCAAAGUAUGUCCUGUGUUUCUGUCCAACUCCGCUGCCCCGCUGGCAGCGCCGUUGGCUUGAUCUUCUAAAGACCUCACUGUAGACUUGGGAUCCUUGAUUGUCAGUUGACUGCAAAAGACCUGUUUGCAGCAAGGCAACAUUUUGUACAGUGAAAUCCCAUGAUUAUUCAUGUACCAGUAUAGGUAAAGGUGUUUUUGAGUGCAUUGCUGUUGGCAUUGUUUUUACACAUACUCUGUCUAGCUAACCUCUUCAUUUCAUUUGUCAUUCUACAGACACUGAUGUUUUGACAAAAACUAUAGAUCUUUGCCAAACCCACAACCAGGCCAGUGCGUAAAGGAGUUAAGUAAUCCAGGGUUUCACCUUCACUUUGGUUUUGGUUUUAUAUUGUCUUAUUCUCUCUACCAUAAGACAGUGUAAUACUAAUAGUUCUAUAUUUCUGUCUGUAAAACUCUAGGCAUUCCACUAGAAAAAGAGUUUAAUGAAAGAGAUGGCAGACCUGCAAGCCGAACUCACUUAUCACCCUAUCAAGUCAUUUUCUCUGGAGAAGGAAGUUCUCAAGUAGGCAGUGUAAUUCAAGCUAGUAUAUUUAAAGACAAAAAAUAUAUAUAUAAAUGUGCACAUUUUACUACCAAACAAGUGUUUAGCCUCUGCACAAAAAAGAAUAUCUGCAUAUAAAUAUAUGAUAUUUUUUAAUGAAUCAAUAGAAUGCAUCUGUUUUCUACACACAGCUGACAUAUAUUGUACAGUGAAACCCUGUAAUUCUCAUCCUGUUUCCAGAGUUUUUAUCUGAUACUACAGAUGUGGGGUUUGGUGUUUUUCUUUUGGGUUCAUCGUCUCCCUGCUCCUUAUCACAACCACUUUCUCUCUCUUGGUAAUCUCUAUUAACUCUAUGUUGUCUACUCAGUCCACCCAUCCACCCAACCAGUGCCAAACUGUCCCUGCUCACUGCCCACUCCCCAGCCUCUGGGCCCUCAUACACUGGGCUUGUUAUGGUUGGCCCCAGAGGUCUCUCUGAGCUCCAUGUCCCACAGCAGGCUCAAAGUGAUGCCGGUGCAGCCCAGCCCAGGUGUUGUGGAGGAGAGCUCACGACUCCUAACCGUGGCCCUUCAGUCCGUUCGGGUUGAGAGACACUGCGUCUCUUACUAAGUUCUGAUGGUGAAUUAAGAUGCAUCUACAACCCCAAGCCACCUCCUCCCACAUUGUAUGGCUCAUUAUGUUGUAAAAGUUUGUUUGUUGGCUUGUCACUGUGCAGUCUCACGAACCACAGUGUCCUCUAAUGUUCUUGUCAUAAAAGCGUCUAUGAAUGGCUGUUACCCUUAUGUAGCAUUGAGAUAUGUACGUCUGUUGUAACUGUUCAACCAUAUCAAAAUUGUGGGGGAAACUGAUUUUUGUUAUUUAUAGCUGUCAUAAAACACCAUCCCUAAAAUAA